AUGAAACCCUCAAAGAAACCCGGCGAUCUGCCACGACUUCGCACAGUGAACGACCUGCGAGCCCGCAAUGCCAACACAAAGAAGAUGACCAGUCCACUCCCUGACAUCGAUGGGAUUAUGCAUCGCGUUGCCUCCAAAAGGUACCGGAUGAUUUUGGAUCUUAAGGAUGCCUAUGAGCAGGUGAGGAUUGACCCUUCUGAUGUGUGGAAGACUGCUUUCUCAACACCAAAUGGCAAUAUGGUUAGCAAUGUACUCCAGAUGGGAGACUGUAAUGCACCAGCGACGUAUCAAGCCUUAAUGAACCAUAUUUUUUUGCCGUACAUAGGAAAAUUCAUGGAUGUGUACCUGGAUGACAUCAUUAUCUAUUCAGACUCGUUGGCCGAGCACGUCAAGCACGUUAAAAUCGUUCUGGGUGUCUUAGAACAAGAAAGAUUCUACUUAUCUGAGGGAAAACUCGAUUUUUUAUGCUCAAAAGUGAAGAUCCUCGGACGAAUUGUCAAUGACGAGGGCAUCCAGAUGGACCCUCAUAAGGUCGACGCACUCCUUCGUUGGAAGGUACCAACAAACCAGGAUCUCCUGCGUGGAUUUCUGGGAGCGGUGAGCUACCUCACUGACGAUAUUGAUCGUGUUCGGAUCCCUAUGGGUGUUCUACACACUUUGACAAGUAAUUCCGUACCUUUCUGUUGGGAUUUCACGCACCAGAGGGCCUUCAAAGAGAUAAAGGAGCUUGCAAAUAGGCGCCGUGACCACCAUAGGCACCUGAUCGAUCAUUCGCCGGGUGCACCACCCAUUAACUUGAUCACGGAUGGAUGCAUCACUGGUGUUGCCGGCGUUAUUAGCCAAGGAAACGACUGGAAAAAUGCACCUGUAGCUGCAUUCUACUCAGUGAAGCUAUCACCCGCUCAACAGAAUUAUCCAGUUCACGAAAUCGAACUUUUGGCUGGACUCGAUGAUGUGGUAGCUGCGGGAGUGUGCCUACAAAGUGGAUCGAACAACCACUUCACAGGGAAACACAACUUAUUGACCAGGACAACUACCCAACCAACAAAAUUUGUAUUUAGGGAGGGAGAUGAUUUACGGUAUACAAUCGAAUGCAACAGCACCGUUGUCUAA